AUGGAAGCCACAUGUCCCGACCAUGGUGAUUCUACCAAGAAGAAGCAGCAGCUUGCAAUUGAUCAGACUGAAGUGUUUUACGCCGUGCGAAAAGGCUUGAAUGUCCAGUUUUGCAUCUUUUUGAGAUGGGAAGAUUGCAAAGCUCAGAUUGAAGGUUGUCAAGAUUCAGAGUAUUCCAGCUUUGCGGAUUGGCAGGAGGCUAUUCACUAUGUGAAGGUCAAGUCAGGAACUACUCAUACAACUACCCAUACAGCUACUGCAAGUCCUGAUGUUGAUGAAGAUGUUGAGUCUGAUGCUGAAAGAUCUCAUGAUUCUGAUGCCAAAGCUGAAACUACGUGUACUACUGAUACCCCCAAGUCCAGAAAGAGAAAGAGGACUGUUUUUUUGCAGGGGGCUGUCUCUCCACAGAACACCAAUGACAUUGACAACACUGAAGCUGAACCUUCAGCUUCAGAAAAAUCUACUGCUAGAAGCAAAAAGCAAAAGACUUCCACCAAGAUGAACACCACUGAAAAGAAAAAGCAAUCCACUGGGACUGCAAAGGCAAAGGCAAAGGCAAAGAACAGCAAACAAACCACGAAGAAGAAAUCAAAGAAAACGGAUCCACCAAAGACGAAGACAAAGACAAACACAACCUCCAAGAAGGCAUCUGCCAGUCGUCACAAGAAAUCAGAUACUGCGGCUACUACUAAUAGUUCUACUGCCAACGGCAACAACAACAACCAUAAAACAAGUACCAAAAACGACCGCAAUCGUUACUACGAACCCUUGCACAAACUAUUAUUGGAAGGAUACCUCCAAUGUAAACCAAAGGCAUGGCGACGUGAUCAGCUGGGAUUGUCCUUUCGAGAACCACACAAACAAACCACACAAACGCGGUAUCUUCAAGAUCUCAUGGAACUACGAGGAUUCCUGGCCGCAUCUCCCAAUGUCGCCUACUUGCAAUUGACUCCCGAAAAGCGCAAAACCAUCAAGGCACAGUCCGAUCAUACCAUUCUCAAUCCACAUUCCAUACGGUAUCUCAAUCAUGCCUGGGGGGUCAAUCGCAAAUAUCACAAUGAUCUAGAUGACAAACUGCAUGCUGCCACAUCCACUACGACACCUCCCAAAGAUACCACCGCAUUUACAUCCUGUACCAUUGAACAUCGACAAGCGGCACGCAUGCGAUACACCGCCAAGAAAUUGUACAUUCAUCAUCGGGUCGAAGCACUCACCAACGAAUCGCGGCUCUACAAUCUAUUUCGUGGGAGGAACAACCAAUCCACUACUACUACACGGGAAACAACUAAUACGAAUAUCAUGGGAGUUACUACUACGACAAACAACAAUAGUGAAAACGAGAAUGGCACUGCCAACGACGACAACGACGACAAUAAGGAACAACAACUAAUAAUGACUCCAUCAAUGGCAGGUCGCGAUCAAAAACGAAAAUGGCAACAUCAAGCGGCACAAGAAUGGGAUGCCAUGACCGAGGCAGAACGAGAACCGUGGAUCGAAAAGGAACGAUUGCACGAUCUCGAACAACCUCAUAUCAAGGUCAAACUCAUGGCGGCCCUCAAGGAGAAUCCACAACGACCCACGGCAAAACUCGUCGAAGAUAUCGAUUUUUGGUGUGGGCGAACGACCAUUGCCAAGUGGAGACAGACCUAUCAAUCAAUAUCCGCACGAGGAGGAACGAAACGAACGAUUCGGGCUGCUACGAACAACAAACGGAAUCUUGUCCCCCGACAGCGGCAAAUAACCAACAAUUCCACUAAUGCUACUACCCAUGCAACACUGCCUGCUGCUCGUCCAGGUGCCGGUGUGAGUCUUCUUCGCCAGGAACACGGUCAACUAAACGUGCCAGGCAACCAUCAAGCACCGCAACACGAGCAGGACGAUAUUGAAAGGCAGCAAGAGGAAGAACCAGAUCGGGUUGCUGCUGCUGCGACGCACCGUCAGGCUCAAGAAGCACUGUUGCAGGACGAGGUGCCAGAAGAAGAGACAGAGGAAGACCAGCAGGAUGUGACGGCUGCAGCUGCAGCUGCAGCUGGUCAUUUACUCGUUGAAUUAGUGGAGGGACAGCCCACGACAACGACAACGACACUGCCGGACGUUUACCAGCAUGACGACGAGGACGAGGACGACAACGAAGAAGAAGAAGAAGAAAACGAAGAAGACACGAACAACCUCGACGACCUCGAGUCUGCACUGGAAGACAAUGACCAAGCUCCUAGCGACGAUGACGAUGCCAGCAACGUCAUGGAAUAUGUUGGGGACUAUGAAAACACGGGUUAG